CGUCGCUCGGCUCCCGACCGCAUCGCGAUCAGUCAUCUCCUGCGUCUCGUUCUCGCCGGAGAUCAGACGCGCCACCGCCGGGCGAUGGAUGCCUCCUACCGCCGCGCCGGUGCCGGAAGCGGUUCUGCUCCCCGCUCCGUCGAGGACAUCUACAAGGACUACCGCGCCCGCCGCUCCGCCGUCCUCCGCGCCCUCACCCACGACGUCGAGGAGUUCUACGCGCUGUGCGAUCCAGAGAAGGAGAACCUGUGCCUAUACGGGUACGCAAACGAAGCGUGGGAGGUGGCGCUGCCGGCGGAGGAGGUGCCCACGGAGCUGCCGGAGCCUGCGCUCGGGAUCAACUUCGCGCGCGACGGGAUGAACCGUCGCGACUGGCUCGCGCUCGUCGCCGUCCACUCCGACUCGUGGCUCAUAUCCGUCGCAUUCUACUACGCCGCGCGGCUCAACCGAAGUGAUCGGAAGCGUUUGUUUGGCAUGAUGAAUGACCUGCCAACUGUUUUUGAAGUCGUCUCCGGUGGUGUGAAGCAAUCUAAGGAAAGGGACAGAUCCGGUACUGACAACAGUGGUAGAAAUAAACUGUCAGCAAAGCAAACAAGCGAGCCACGGUUAGAAAAUAAUGCCAGGGAGCCUGACGAGGGCUACGAUGAAGACGACGGCUACCACAGCGAAACCUUGUGCGGGACAUGUGGUGGAAUAUACAGCGCAGACGAGUUCUGGAUCGGGUGUGAUGUGUGCGAGAAGUGGUACCAUGGCAAGUGCGUGAAGAUCACUCCCGCGAAGGCGGAGAGCAUAAAGCAGUACAAGUGCCCGAGCUGCUGCAAUUCAAAAAGACCUAGGCCGCUGUAGGCCUGUAGCACCGCCCUCCUCACUGGAGGACGGCCAUGGAUGGAAGACUGAACAAACAGGAGGUCAGAGCUACUCCUUGGCGCAAGGCCAAUACCACCUUGCCAUGUUUACUGUAUCUUUUCGAUUAAGCUUACAUAUGAUGGUGAUGCUAAUGUGGGCGGGAAGAUCACACCUAGUAUUUAUUAUAACCUUUUUGUGGUUUCUCCAUGCCAUGGAGAGUUAUGGUAGCCUGUAUGUUGCCGGAGAAGGAAUAGGGGCAGAGGAAGCCUUUGUAACGUUUCUAAAGGUGAAUUGGGCAGCUUAUGCCAAGAUAAUAACCCGUGAGGUUUAUGUUAAUAUAUUUUAUUUGAUAC